AGAGUGCUACUUUCUGCUCAUCCACUGAAAAGAGAACCAAAAUGUGUCAUUAUCAAGAGAUUUAGGAAUUAAUCAAAUUCAUACUAGCUGAAACGUUCAUUCGCAUUUGUCAUUUCUGUCCAGUUUUGUAAACAACGUUCAUGUGGUCCAUCAACGACAAUACAGUUACAAGGCGGUUUUGCACGCAACUGUCUAAUUGCAACAUGACACCCGCCAACACCAACUUACAGAAGGCGACAACAUUUCUUUUUCUGUUCUGAGGGGGUGGGGAGCGAGUGGGUCGUGUGAAAGGUGCAAGAGACCCUCUGUUCGAGCAUUUGUGCUGCUAGAGAAAUGAGAGAGACCCACAGAUACAGAGAACAUGGAAAUCAGGAAUGAACAGGAUUUUCUUACUCUUGGAUGCAAGGAGUAAACGGAAGUUGUUGGCUGCGAGAACAUAAAGGGGCAGUGCAGAUCCCGGAAGGAUACACAUCAGAGGAAAGCUAGGCCGUGAAAAUCUCUCGAAGGUUAAAGGACACAGAGUGUAAGAAGAGGAAACUACUAAAGUAGCACAUGCCAUUUUUAUACCUGGAUUAAAUGCAACAAUAUAUGUGACUGUAAUUACAGAAGCAUAUCUACAACAUACAUUGCCAAAAAACUGAUUCCGGACAAAGUGUUAAGUGAAAACAACAUUUGCUUUGAUCAUUGCACAAACUUGCAUAAAUUGUGUAUUUUUUAACAUUUACAUCAGGGGAAUUUUACAAAAGCAACACAUUUCAGCAGUCACUGAGGAAGUACUUGUUGGAUUCUGAAAGAAAGUGGAUUUUAACAACAACAACCUAUCUAUCCUAUAUAAUCUGUAAUUUGCUGGUAUGGUUACGGAAACAAUACAAAUGUUUCUGAACUCUAUCCUUGUGGUCAUUACUGACCUGGCAGCUGGGCUUCUCGGCAACACAUCAUUUCGACGUCAUUUUCAUUUGUUGCUGUCAGCAUUGCUUUUGUUUGGGCCCCUCCUGAGUUUUUGGGUUUCCCAUUAUAGUAUCUUUGCAAAGAGGACUCACUUUCUCUACAGGGUGUUCCUGCGCUCAGGUUGGGGCUGGACCUGCAUCUUUGUUGGCUCUUUUGUCUUCCUCCUGUCUUUCUCAGUUCGUCGCUCACUCACGCUUUCCCUGCGACAUCUUUCUCGGCUAGCUGUGGCAGGUGGACUGUGGCUGGGCUUCCGCAAACUGCUUUGUCUGUUGGAAAAUGCCACCGGGAGCUGCUAUGAGCCUCUCAGCUCCACUCUUGAGUUGGCUUCAGGGACCAAUGGAGAUCAGCCUUUACUGCUUUUACAUGAAGGUGAAACAAAGGAGGCCUGUGUCCGCGCUGGCAUGUUGUGGCGUGGCUAUGAAGUAUCUGAAGAUGCCCUUCUGCUGUGUCUGUGCUGCCUGCUUCUAGCUGAGGAGACUGCAGUGUUCGGGCCCUACCUGAGCCUGGGUGGACCCUCUGGAGCCCCGCUGCGCAUCCUCUUCCUGUUCUGCGUCCUGCUGUUGAGUCUCUGGGUGUUCCUGCUUCUCUGCCUGCUGGCUUACUUCCCACAGUUUCCUACUCAGCUUUUGGGAGGUGCCCUGGGUUGUUUGAGCUGGCGAGUGUUGUAUCAGGGUUGGUACCGACUUGGACCUAGUUGGUACUGCCCUGGAAGGCCAGGGGUGGGACUUUUGUCUACACAGAGCAAACAGGAUGAGACAUAUGAGACCCUGUGUGAAAGUAAUGCUACAGAGAUCAACUAGAGAAAGCUUAAACAAUUAAAGCUUGAAACAAUUUGUACUAAUUAUACAUAGUGGUGCUGCAGUAUACUGUUGAAACUCACAGAAUGUCCAGGCAAAUCUCUGUCAGUACAAG